CCCCUCCGCCGCCUCCGCCGCCAACCUCCCCGGGUUGUCCGGGCGCGGCGGUGCCGGGGGGGCCCUGCGGAGAAGCUGCUCCGAGGACGUUCCUGUCACCGGGCUCGGCGGCUGCGGACUUAGCGUGGGGACCGCAGCCCCCCGCCCCUGCCCGCUGUGCGAGUUUCCUUCCACUGGGCUCCAUCCCCCCUGGGGGACCCCCUCCUCGGAGCCGGGCGGUGGGGGACCCCUCUCUGGCCGUACGGGAAUCUUGAGGUUCUGUCCUCCGUGAUGGCGUCAGCUCUACCCAGAACCCUUGGGGAAUUGCAGCUAUAUCGAAUACUACAAAAAGCAAAUCUAUUAUUCUACUUUGAUGCCUUCAUUCAGCAGGGUGGUGAUGAUGUCCAGCAGCUCUGUGAAGCAGGUGAAGAGGAGUUUUUGGAGAUAAUGGCUCUUGUAGGCAUGGCUAGCAAGCCGCUUCAUGUCCGAAGGCUGCAGAAGGCUUUGAGGGACUGGGUCACAAACCCUGGUCUGUUUAACCAGCCUCUCACCUCCUUGCCCGUCAGCAGCAUUCCAAUAUAUAAGCUGCCAGAAGGGUCUCCUGCGUGGCUGGGGAUAUCCUGCAGCAGUUAUGAAAGGAACAGCAGCACCAGAGAGCCUCACCUGAAGAUUCCAAAAUGUGCUGCCACAACGUGUGUGCAAAGUGUGGGCGCAAGCAAAUCCGAUGUGGUGGGGAGCUUAUCGCUGCAGAGCGGCAGCGAACCGAGACUCUGGCAGGGACACCACACCACAGAGAGUGAACAUAGUCUUUCCCCGGCUGACCUUGGCUCUCCAGCUUCACCAAAGGAAAACAGCGAGACCCUGGAUGCCGCUGCUGCUCUGUCAGUUGCUGAGUGUGUAGAACGUAUGGUUCCCUCCCUGCCCAAAAGCGACUCCAAUGAAGUCAAGGAGUUACUGAAAACAAAUAAGAAACUGGCAAAGAUGAUUGGUCACAUCUUUGAGAUGAGUGACGAUGACCCUCACAAAGAGGAGGAGAUCAGAAAGUACAGUGCAAUAUAUGGCAGAUUUGACUCAAAAAGAAAGGAUGGCAAACAUCUCACCCUCCACGAGCUCACAGUUAAUGAAGCAGCCGCUCAGCUGUGUGUAAAAGAUAACGCGUUGUUGACCAGGAGAGAUGAACUCUUCGCGCUAGCUCGGCAAAUCUCUCGAGAAGUUACCUACAAGUAUACUUACAGGACCACCAAAUCUAAGUGUGGGGAAAGGGAUGAGCUGUCACCAAAGAGAAUCAAGAUGGAGGAUGGUUAUCCUGAUUUCCAGGACACAGUCCAGACACUCUAUCAGCAAGACAAAAUGCCACUCGCUUUGGCUAAAGGAAAGAGUGAAGACCCAACAGCUCUUAAUUCCCAGUCGGAAAAGGUGAUGGCAAAACAGAUGGAGUUUCUUUGCAACCAGGCAGCAUUAGAGAGACGUCUUUCCACAGGGUGUUACAGACAGAACUCGGAAGAGCACAGCCCCAAUGGCAUGUCAUUAGAUAAUGCUGAUGGACAAGAAGCUAGUUUGUUUAAGGGGAGGCGAAGAGGAGCAGUAGAGGGAGGAACUAAGGGAAUCAAUACAAGUGAAAGGCCGCUGAACCUCCGGAUGUCCAAUCUGCCAAGCAGACAGAUGCAGCACAUUUCACUUGAUGGAGAGCAGCAUGUUGGAAAACCUUUGUGCAGUGAUUUGAUCCGGCUUUAUCCCGGUGGUGAGGCGAAGUCCCAGUCCUCAGAAGGCCUUGGUAUUUUAAAGGAUUUUCCUCAUUCGGCUUUUAACAACAUAGAAAGGAAGGUCAUAAAAACAGAACCUGAAGACACAAGAUAGUCAUUCUGCUCUGGAAAACAGUGUCACAGUAAAGAAUGAAACUUCACAAGAGAAAAAAAAACAGCCUUAAUAACCAGUGUUGCCUCAUUCAAAUAAGAGAUUUCAAUAGCCAAAGCCUAAGAACUGGUACAGUAAUCUAUGGAAACAGGAAAGCAAGAGACACUGCAAACUCAAACAGUAAUACAGGUGGAUAAACAUUCCUGUAAAAGUGGUUUUAUAACGUGGGAAGAUUCACAAAUUAAUAUUGUGGGUCUUCAUUAUUUAAGAAUGUAUUAUGUAUUUGUAUAACUUAUCAAAGUAAAUCUAGAUGUCGGGACGUGUAUUGAGUCCAGUAGAUGUGGCUACAGUUCAUUUUACUUGAAAUUUCAAUGUCUACUUUCAGUGUACCUAGCGUAGAUAUGGUUGUUAAACAUUUGAAUUUAAAAUCAUUGGAAAAUUAGGAAUGCAAACCUCGUGACACAAUUAACAGCAAGUUUUCAACAAUAUUUAUAGAAAAAGGAAAAUGCGUAAAAUAUUUCAUGGUUAAAAAUGUUAUGUGAAUAUAGCAUUUGAUAGACCUAGACCCUGAUUCUGUAUCAUAGCAGACAUACUUGACACUUAACUAUCGCUACAUCACUUUCAAUGGUUUCAGCAGCCUUUGUGUAACACUUUUAUAGCAUAAUACCUACCUACAAGUCAGGAGUAUAGGAAAUGCCAGUUAGAGUAUGGAAGAGUCCAUAUGAUUGGCUCCCAUUUCCUUGGGAAAAACUGGGGUUUGAUAAACCGUACAAUUACUGAAAUCUCAUUUGGUAGGAAACUCAAGAGACCAAGUAGCAUGGACAGGGCUGCAAAAAUUGUGAUUCAAACCAUUAUAACUUCUUGGACUUCUCUGUGAAUCUUAAAAAAAAAAAAAAAAGAAAAGCAUCCUAAGUGUGGCAAAGAUGACAUACGAUGCAGGAUUUAUGCAUCAGUAUAAAAGGUUGCACUUGAUAUCCAGAAACCAUAAGAUUUUUUGGGGGAGAGAGACAAGGAGUCAUGUCUUUAGCAUGUGACUCCUUAUUAAGUGCUGUCCAGCCCACAUGAUUCUAUGAAUAUACCGUAUACUGCAUACAGUAUGCCAAUACGUUUCUUUAUAUAUGUGGUUAAUUAACAUCUGUAUUCUUUAUUUAUUUGACAGUUUUUAUUUUUUGUACAUGUUCACUUUUGAAGAUGUCAUUUUAUCUAAGGAGAAGUAAGUUGGCAUAUAACUCUGGAAUUUACCAUGGUGUGUUUGUGUGCAUCCAUUUCUCCGCUGUGCUGCUCUGCAGUCAAGAUAGUUGUAUGCCUCAGUUUCCAAAUACAGGUUUUGCUUAUGAUGUGUCCUGGAGGUGAAAGGGAUAGCUGAAGAAAGUUAGAAUGCCAGUGGGUAAACUUCCCUGUUCGAGUAUGCACUUCAUGUCUGCAGUUUGCUCUGUGUCAUAGGUGUGUAUUAACAAAUCAGUCACAGUCUCUGUUGUUCUGAAAUGCUCAGCAAAAUGUGAGCUGAAAUGUCUACACUGCAGUCUCUUAUCACUGUAAACAUACCUAAUUAUUUUAUCACUUGAUUUGUGGAACAAAGCUUUAUAGUAGAAACACCAGUAAAACAACUUUUUAUACUAUUAAAAUGUUUGUUUUUUUAAAAAAAAUGUUUCUUGAACUGUAUGGUACUGUUUCACUUACUGAAGUAUCUUAAAGCAAUGGAGUUCACAGCUUUGCUGUUAGGAAUAAGAGAUUGAAUGUGUAGUUAUAUUUCCUCUUUCCUGUUGUGUGAGCUAGUAGUACGGAUGUUUCUUAAGUUUGUAACAUUAACCAGUGCCCUGGUUAGUAUCUGAGUAGCUUUCACGAGACGUGUAUGGAACUUGUUAAAGGACAGCUUAUGGUUUGAACUGUACAGCUUGAGCAAUAGAAGGUACCAAGCGACAAACCUUUAGAGAUGCAGGAAACAUUUGGUUUUCUCCAACAUCUAACACCAUCAAAUGUUAUGUGUGGAUCACAGAAGAAGCUCUUAAGCUUGCUGGUCUCUUCAAUUAAAGCAAGAGGAAGGAAGAAGAACUUGCUAAGCAGCACGCUGUUUCAGUCGAGUCCAGAUUUUAUUUUGUAAACACUAAUGUAUUAAAUUUGCUAUAAAUUAAAGUAUAUAACAGUUAUAUUUUUGAGUUGUAAAUACAGUACUUUGUGUCACGACCAGUUGGUUAUCUCCAGAACAAUAUUUCAGUUUAUAGUCCAACAGGCCAUUUCAGUCCUCAAUAAGCUGGAAGCAACUUUUUUUACUGGUUUGCAGCUGUAUGAUUUGGAUUUUUUUAACCUGGGGGGGGAGGUGGGAGGUACAUUCCGAGAUUGCACAUACGUUUGGUAAUAGCAAAUAUUCAAGCAUUGGUCUUUCCAUGACAAAGGUCUUGGUGGACUGCAACCUGGCUAGCCUCUGGAGUCACAGGUAAAGGCUUGCCCUCGUCUGCUCGUGAAGGGUUGCUAGAUCCAGGGUACUCUGGAUCAAAGGCCAGCCCUGCAAAUGAUGCCUGUUUUAUUCACAUGUUUAUAUUGUUGCUUACAAAAUAAAAUUCACCGUGAGAACUCUUUA